UCGAUUGGGAUUUGUCUGUUCCCCAGUAUUUUUGGCCAAGAUUCGGUUUAGGGACCAUUCUAUCUGUGAAUGUGGCCUUGAGGAAAGUACUCUUGAACAUAUUUGUACUGCCCUAAAUUGUCAAUUCCUUUAUAUGACCUUCUACCGAAGGAUAUCCCUCGCCCCAUCAACAUCCCUUUUCUUCUUACUUUAUGCCAUUCCCCUUUCAUAAGAUUCUUUACAAAUUUAUUUUCCACAAUAAUAUUAAAUUGUAAUUUCUAUCCUCCAUACUUUCUACGCUUCUAUUAGGCACAUAUUCCUACUUACAUUCACACAUUUCUCCCUUAAAUUUAGAUUAGAUACUAGUAGUAGUAUCUACUAGUUAUUAGAAAUGACAUCAAAAAGAAGUCUAAAGGAAUCAAUUUUGAGAAAAUAAAUGCCUUUUAACAAGGUAGUUAAUAUUAUGGGUGUUUAUUACUAACUGUACUAACUCUUGUUGCCUAUUCUUCAGUUCACAAAAAAAACCACACCUAUCAUUUCUUUAUAAUCAGCUCUUUUUAAACCUCAAUCAGCUAAAUUAAAAUAGAAAAUCUCUCCACCUUGACGUUGGCCGAAUCGUCGACAUUCAGUCGACGGAGCCAUUUAAUAUAAAAAAAAAAAAAAAUAUUUUGUUUUUUAUUUUUGUUAUUUGUGCCUAUUAAUAUAUUUAUUAUUUUAAAAAUGAAGUUUCGCGCUGUUAUGAUGGAUUCUAGUCCAAUGCGUGAAUUUGCAAAUAUAGUUUCUACAAUUUCAAAGUUAUCGAAAGAGUGCAUUCUAAGGCUUUCAUCGGAUCAACUGUAUUUUAUUGUAAGCGAGGAGAAUAACGGCCCUGCACCUCCAAUACUGUGGUGUGAAGUGCCCCAGGCUUUGUUUUUCUCUGAAUAUCAAAUAGUUGGUGUCGAUGAUGAACAUAAAGAUAUUUACCUUGGAAUUAUUUCAGCUAAUUUGUCAAAAUCUCUGGUGACACUAAAAACUGCCAAAUCUCUCAAGAUGAAACUGACCAAAAAACAAUGCCCAUGCCUCACACUGGAAAUUGAUCUGCCAUCAAUUACAAUGCAACAAAGUAGACUGGUGACCCAUGACGUGCCCGUUAUUGUUAUUCCGCGGAAGCUGUGGACAGAGUUUCAUGAACCAAGAGUGCCUCGACCUGAUAUAUCAAUUGAACUGCCAUCGCUUAAGCAAUUACGUACAACAAUAGACCGAAUGAAGACAAUGUCCCCGGAGGUAGUACUGAGGGCUUCAGCGGAAGGAAGGCUCACUUUGCAGAUCAAAACUGACUUGGCCAAAGUUUCUACACGCUUCAGGGAUCUCAGAGUUGAAGCUUUCGAAGGUCCAAUCGAUCAUUCAGAUUCAGAGAGCGAGUCUCAAAUCAAUGAGGAUGUUUCCCGCGUAUGCUACUGCAGAGUGGACGCGAAAAAGUUCUCAAUGUUCCUCAGCGCGGACAAUAUAUCGCAUAACAGAACCAUCUGCAGUAUUGUGCAUAAAAAACUGGUGACUUUAUGUCUGCAGACAGAAGAAAAUGUGAAGUUACAGUGUUUUAUAACUGGUAUUGUGUAUUAGUGCUAAUAAGUGUGUGCUAAAUAUCAAAAAGUCAUGGGAGAACAAAAUAUUCUAAAUAGGUAAAGUUCUAAGGUAUAAUAAGAAAAUAUAACUUUGUUCAAUCUUGGUCCUGAUCAUUACCAUAAGCACUUGUAAAUUUGUUAACACUGAUCAAAUACAUACUCCAAGCGUGUGGUCUACUCAAAUGAGACAUUGACAAAUUUUGGUGGCCCUUCUACAGAAGCCACAAUAGGAAGAAUUGAAUAGUAGCCUUGCUACUGGGUCGGGAAUGUUUCUCUUGCCAGGCAUGUAUAUAACUUUUAAUAUGUAUGGCUGUAAUCUGAGUAUU